CUUUUUGGCGUUUGCCAUUUUGCGUAAUCUUUUCAAUCUCCAAUCCUCUCUCUUUCCUAUGUUAAUUUCCAUUCCCCGUACAAAGUUUCUAGAAUCGUAUGUUGCUCGCCGUCGCCCGGUUGAAGUUCUUAGCUGAAUUGUGACGGUGGUGGGGUGUAUUUUCAACAACGGUGAUGGCGGCGAAGAAGGUGACCGAAUCGUUCUCGAAGAGCUUAAUAGAGGAAGUACACAAAUGGGGAUGCAUGAAGCAGACUGGGGUCAGCUUGAGGUACAUGAUGGAGUUUGGGUCUAAGCCCAUCGAGCGGAAUUUGUUGAUUUCGGGUCAGUUUCUCCACAAGGAGCUCCCCAUUAGAAUUGCUCGGAGAGCAAUUGAGCUCGAGAGUCUCCCUUAUGGACUUUCUGAGAAGCCUGCUGUUUUGAAGGUGCGAGACUGGUAUUUGGAUUCCUUUCGUGACCUGAGAGUCUUUCCCGAUAUCAAGGAUACAAAUGAUGAGAAGGAAUUUACAAAGAUGAUCAAGGCUAUUAAGGUGAGACACAACAAUGUGGUUCCUAUGAUGGCUUUGGGGGUUCAACAAUUGAAGAAAGGCAUGGAUCCAAAGAUUGUUUAUGAGGAUCUUGACGAGAUUCAUCAGUUUCUAGAUAGAUUUUACAUGUCGAGAAUUGGAAUUCGUAUGCUUAUUGGGCAGCAUGUGGAGUUGCAUAACCCUAAUCCUCCUCCACAUUGUGUGGGCUAUAUACAUACAAAAAUGUCUCCAGUGGAAGUGGCUCAAAAUGCUAGUGAGGAUGCUCGUGCUAUUUGUUUGCGAGAGUACGGCAGUGCUCCUGAAAUUAAUAUCUACGGGGAUCCCAAGUUUACAUUCCCCAGGUAUGUUCCAACACACUUGCAUCUGAUGGUAUUUGAGUUGGUCAAAAACUCUUUGCGUGCUGUCCAAGAGCAUUAUAUGGAUUCGGAUAGAGUUGCACCACCUAUUCGAAUAAUAGUUGCCGAUGGACUUGAGGAUGUAACCAUAAAGGUCUCUGAUGAAGGGGGUGGCAUACCAAGAAGUGGUCUUCCCAAAAUUUUCACAUACCUUUACAGCACUGCAAGAAACCCAUUGGAUGAGUACCCAGAUCUGGGAACAGCUGAUACAGUUAUGACCAUGGCCGGAUAUGGUUAUGGGCUACCUAUAAGCCGCUUGUAUGCUCGGUAUUUUGGAGGAGAUCUUCAAAUUAUCUCUAUGGAAGGAUAUGGGACUGAUGCAUAUCUUCAUCUGUCCCGUUUGGGCGAUUCGCAAGAACCAUUGCCAUGAUUUAUAAUGUUAAACCAUGGAAAUAUGAAAGAAGGGAAAUUUGUGAUGCAUAUCUAUGGAUUUUAAUUGUAAUAAAUUUGGUAGUUGACUUGUAUUCCCAUACUACAGUUCACGUUGUAACAUCAGUUGAUGCAAUGGAAGUAUCUUUACUGUUUUUUUAUGUAUAUGAACUGGCAAUUCUCUCACCAGCGUUUGACUUUAA